GAGUUCUUAUUGGCUAUUUCCACCCAAAGGAUUCCAGCCGCUGCUCAUUCACCGGGCCGGACGGCCCCUUUGGAGCCAAUUAGGAGGCAGCGCUCUGACGUGAGGGCGGGUCGCGAGGCUCGGGAAAGGCGGAGAACCUUUUCAGUUGUUCGUGCCGCCAUUUUGUGUCGUUGGCUGCUACAGAGAGGGCCGGGGCGCUCUAGCCACCACCAUGGUGAAACUCUUUAUAGGCAACCUUCCUCGGGAGGCCACAGAGCAAGAGAUUCGUUCUCUUUUUGAACAGUAUGGACGGGUCCUGGAAUGUGAUAUUAUCAAGAACUACGGCUUUGUGCAUAUUGAGGACAAGACUGCAGCUGAGGACGCCAUCCGCAACCUGCACCACUACAAGUUACAUGGUGUCUGCAUCAAUGUGGAGGCCAGUAAGAACAAGAGCAAAGCCUCCACGAAGCUUCAUGUAGGCAACAUCAGUACUGCUUGCACCAACCUGGAGCUGCGGGCCAAGUUUGAGGAGUAUGGCCCUGUGCUUGAGUGCGACAUUGUCAAGGAUUAUGCCUUUGUGCACAUGGAGCGAGCAGAGGAUGCUGUUGAGGCCAUCAGGGGUCUUGACAACACAGAGUUUCAAGGUAGGCUAUUUGAGGGCUGGAUGUCGGGUUCCUGUGGUACGUCCGCGGCAAAACAGUGCCAGGCUUCACGAUGUGACGAUUUGUGUUUAGCAUGAUUUCAUUAAUGGACAUUUUGUCUCUCUUCAAAGCUUAGUGACAAUUAACUUUCUUUUUGUUUUUACUUCUGGGGAGUUGCAUAGAGUGGGGGAGGUGUUAUUUUGGCUGUCACUUGCACCUUCCUGUCUGGAGAGGUGACUGUUUUUGCUGGUCCUUGACUUGUGCCUGGACCUGACCUCUAAGCUCAGGCAAGGGGGUGUUGGUAGAGUAUGGGAGGUGUCUUUUCUUUCCAGAGCCUGGCUCGAGCCACUGUCCUCUCCCCCAGCUCAUUUUAUCGCUCUCCCCCUCCUCUCAAAAUAGGCUUAUUUUUGAAAAUGAAUAAAUAAUCAGCUCUUUUUUUACUAUGGGAAGCCAUUGUCAUGCUUCGUAUUAUCUUGAAUUUGGCCCCUCCUGUGGAAUCCUCUGAUAUUAAUAUUAACCUGUGACUUUUGUCCUUUGACAUUUGACAAGCACUCUUUUUUUUCUGCAGUAAAAUAAAGCUCUUGUAACAGAAA